AUGAUCGCGUAUAGAAAACUUGAAGAUUGGAGAGAGAAUUUCUACAUUUCUAUACCACAACAAAUAACUAAAAUUGUUAAGACCAUCAGACGCGGCGCUCUGCGGGGUGUAUCAAUACGAACAGCUGGCGAGCUGCCAUCAGGGAUCCCACGGAGUAACUCCAUCGCCGUCGCUCAGUCAUCCACAUUCAAGCGCAAACGUGUACGAUCUUGGCUGUCGCGAUCACAAGCCGACUCGCACCCGUGUCAAGGUCUUGCAUACAAACAAAUCCGAUAUCUGAAGUUUGGGUUGACCAGGCGGACCAAAUUCAAACCCCAGGAAAUAGAUUACAUACCAUGCAUCACAUCAGUGGAAUUGCGCAUCAUGGCCUUGAGCGAAGUUAGACAGGGACUGAGAGACGACAACGACUCGGAAUGGAGACAGGAAUGCCACUUCUUCGCCAAUGCCCUCCGUCGCGAUGCCACCUCGAUCUCCUACAUCCUCACAUCCGAAAAGGCCAUCCCACACCUCAGGCCUCAGCAGCGAGUCGGGACGCUUCAAGCCGACCUUCGGGUGGUCGCGUCUCACCGCGUCGCUAUCGGCACCAACAGAAAACUAGUAGACUCAUUGGAAUAG